AUGCAGGAGGCGAAGCUGGAGCCCAACGUCUUCAGCAUCAACGCUGGGAUCAGCGCAUGCGAGAAGGGUAUACAGUGGCACCGGGCCUUUGCGCUGCUCAGCGAGAUGCGGGAGGCGAAGUUGGAGCCCGAUGUCAUCUACAACGUUGGCAUCAGCGCGUGCACGAAGGGCGAGCAGUGGCAGCGCGCGCUGGCGCUGCUCAGCGAGAUGUGGGAAGCGAAGCUGGAGCCCGACGUCAUCAUAUCUACACUGGAAUUGGCGCGUGCGAUAAAAGUGGGCGUACCGCGCAGAUGUCGUCUUUGCUCAACGUGUUGA